AUGGUAACCAUUACCCCCACAAGCUCCCUAGCCGGAGACGUUCUCCUCUUUGAGGUGCCAGCGCCACGAGACGAGAAAUGGAUCGCUCAGCUCCAGGAACGAUACCCUGGGCUGGAGAUUCGGUGGCACACGUCUGAGUUGACCAUGAUGCCAAAGCCCCUACCGGAUGAGGUGUACGACGGAGUUACUUUGUUGGUCGGGUUCAUGCCUCACCCGGCCGAAAAGCUGCCCAAAGUCAGAUAUGUCCAGCUCAUGUCUGCCGGAGCCGACAGGUGGACCACCAACGACCUCUACAAAAACCCCAAUGUCACCUUCUGCACCGCCAAUGGGACCCACGCGCCCCAAAUCGCAGAAUGGGUCAUUGGCACCUGGCUCAUGGCAAACCACCAAUUCCUCAGCUACGCCGAGCAACAAAAGAAGGCUACCUGGAACCGUCAGCCAUCUCUCCACAUUGAAGACUCGCCCGGCCUACGGAUGGGAAUCCUGGGGUACGGUGCCAUUGGCAGGCACUGCGCGCGGCUAGGUCAGGCUCUCGGAAUGGAAGUCUACGCCUACACCCGCCGCGAAAAAGCCACGCCCGAGGCAAGAAAGGAUGACAGCUACGUUGUCCCCGGAACAGGAGACCCCGACGGUCUGAUCCCGGUCAAAUGGUAUCACGGCUCCUCCAAGGAGUCAAUCAACGAGUUCCUCGCCCAGGACCUUGAUCUGCUGGUCAUCAGCCUGCCUCUCACAGACGCGACCAAGUACAUCAUCAGCAAAGAACAGUUUGAUAUUUUGGCCAAGAAAAAGACGUUUGUGUCAAAUAUUGCCCGGGGUCAGCAUAUCAACUCGGAUGAUUUGAUUGAAGCCUUGAAGGAAGGGAAGAUCAGGGGUGCGGCACUCGAUGUGGCGGACCCUGAGCCACUUACAGACGGCCACCCGCUUUGGAGCGCGCCCAAUGUGUUUAUCACGCCUCAUGUCAGCUGGCAGACACCCCAUCUGUUCCAGCGCAUCCAGGCGGUUGUUGAGAGGAACUUGGAGGGGUUGAGCGGGCAGAAACCGACGUUGAUCAAUGUCAUGAACAAGACGCACGGGUAUUGA